GUGGAAUUUGUAUGAAACACCGCAAUAAUUUUUUUAUGUACCAACCCAGAUCUUUCUUUUAGGGGGCGCUCUUGAUAAACAAUUUCAUCUCCGUUUCCACGAGAAGAAAAUUUGGUUUGAAAACUCUUCAAUCCACCAAAUUCAAUAUCCAGAAACAGUUCUAAACCGUCAAAUUCUCUCCCACUGAUUAGGGUUUAUUUCAGCAAUGAAGAAACAAAGAUUUCUAUCUUUACCAAUUUUUGCUGUGUUUUUAGCAAUGGGUUUCAUUUAUUACACAACAGUAUUCAUCUUUAUUGAAGAUAGUAUGAGUUUGAACAGCUCAAAUGGAUUAUUGAAUGCUUUGAUCUUCUCCUUUUUCGGAUUAAUGUCAUUCAUCUCCUUCAUCACUUGUAUUAUCAUGGAACCAGGUCAUGUUCCUUCUAAUUUUGUUCUUGAGAUUGAAAACGGUGGUGAACUUUUGGAUCAAGAAAGCAAUAAAAACGGUGGAAAUCCAAGAUUCUGUGAUAAAUGUGCAACACAUAAGCCACCACGAACUCAUCAUUGCCGGGUAUGCAGAAGGUGUGUGUUGAAGAUGGAUCACCAUUGUGUGUGGAUAAACAACUGUGUUGGUUUUGUGAACUAUAAGCCGUUUUUUAUCCUCAUCUUAUAUGCAACUACAGCAAGUUUGUACUCUACGGUUAUGCUUAUUCUGGAUGUAUUUCGGAAGGAUUGGGAUUCUAUCAGAGGGCAACAUCUCAAGCUAUUCUAUAUUAUUUGCGGGACAGUUUUAAUUGCCUUGAGUGUGACCUUGACCACUCUCUCAGGUUGGCACGUCUACCUCCUUGCUCAAAACAUGACAACAAUAGAGUAUCAUGAAGGAAUAAGAGCAAGCUGGUUAGCAAAGAAAUCUGGACAGAACUAUCGCCAUCCUUAUAACCUUGGAGUUUACAAAAACAUUACAUCGACAUUAGGUUCAAACGUGUUCAAAUGGCUAUGGCCAACAGCAGUUGGACAUCUCAAAGAUGGAACCAAUUUUUCUACUACUUCAAGAAGCAGUUGACAUUUCUGCCAACAACUAGACUGCAAAAACGAUGUACCUCACGUGAUGCUGGUAAGACCAUUCCUAAAAAACAAGUAGAAAGCUUUUCUGGAUUUCAAUUUGGGAACUCAACUGUUGGAACCCAGAAGUUUGCUUAUGGAGAAAUUCAUGGAGAUAAAGAAAUGGAGUUGGUGUCGAAGUCUUGCAGAAACCAAUACAUUCAUGUCUAUAAUAUACGCUGGUCUUACAUUUUGUUUUCGAUGGUUUUAUGUCAUACCUGACUCGUGCCAUUUUGUAUAACCUCUCUGGACUCUGGUACUCUGGACUUUGGUAGAGAAGGGUAAUGGUAGACUCAGGUGUAAACAUGGUGUAAGAAAAACAAUUGAAAAAUAUAUUUGUGGAAUGACAAUCAUGCCCCUGCAGUUACUUCAUUUUA